AUGGCUUCUAUGCAGAAAGUCUUUGCCGCGUAUCACGAGCGACUGGCCGUCCUCGAGGCCAGCACCAACCCAUUGGCCAAAGGAGUCGCCUGGGUAGAGGGGGAACUCGUGCCUUUGUACGAAGCGCGCAUCCCACUGUUAGACCAAGGUUUUAUGCACAGCGAUCUUACCUACGAUGUCCCCUCGGUCUGGGACGGCCGAUUCUUCCGCCUUGAUGACCACAUCGACCGACUCGACACAAGCUGCAGUAAGAUACGCCUUAAGUUGCCUCUUCCCCGCGAGGAAGUGAAGCGUAUACUGGUGGAUAUGGUCGCCAAGUCUGGUAUUCGCGAUGCAUUUGUCGAGAUUAUUGUUACCCGUGGGCUGAAAGCCGUUCGCGGUACCGACCCGAAGGAGAUCAAGAACAAUAUCUAUAUGUUUAUUCAGCCUUACGUUUGGUGCAUGGAACCAGAAGACCAGCCUGGCGGUGGAAGCGCUAUUGUUGCGCGUACAGUGCGUCGCACCCCCCCAGGUUCGAUGGAUCCUACCGUGAAGAACCUCCAAUGGGGUGAUCUAGUUCGUGGCCUACACGAAGCUGCUGAUCGCGGGGCAACUUAUCCCUUCCUCACCGAUGGCGACACCAACCUUACCGAAGGAUCGGGCUUUAAUAUUGUUCUGGUCAAGGAUGGUGUUCUGUUUACUCCGUCGCGCGGAGUUCUCGAGGGCAUCACUCGCAAGAGUGUUAUUGAUGCUGCGCGGGCCAAUGGGCUCGAGACUCGCGUUGAGAUUGUCCCGAUUCAAGCUCUUUACGACGCAGACGAAGUCUUCAUGUGCACGACUGCUGGUGGCAUUAUGCCUAUUACCACCUUGGAUGGAAAGCCUGUCAAAGGGGGCCAAGUUGGUCCUAUUACCAAGAAGAUCUGGGAUACUUACUGGGCCAUGCAUUACGACGAUGCUUAUAGUUUUGGGAUUACCUAUUAG